AUGGCCUCCUCCACUGAGAAGCAGGCAGAAGAUGCUGCGAGCGAACAGGUCGAAUAUGCUGUCGGGUCUGUUGAAGCCGCCGCCAUGAACAACCUCAACGAUCGGGUUCGCAAAAUCAGACGCAAGGUCGACAUGAGGCUUUGCAUCAUCAUCGCUGUUCUAUAUACUGUUUGCCAGAUUGAUCGUCAGAACCUUGCAUACGCGGUCGUUGCAGGUAUGGGCGAAGACAUCGACCUCGGCGGUAUGAACUAUUCGAUCAUCGUACUUCUUUUCUUUCCAGCCUAUAUUCUUUUCCAGCCUAUUAUGACCGUUAUGGCUCGCAAGAUUGGCCCACGAUGGUUUUUGUCCGGGAUUUGCAUCGCCUGGGGCAUUGUCAUGCUUGCCUUCGGUUUUGCUCAUCACUGGCAGGACCUUGCUGGCCUCAGAAUACUUUUAGGUCUGCUGGAGGCAGGGUUCUUCCCAAGCUCCGUCUUUCUCAUCAGUACCUGGUAUGUCCGGCAUGAAGUAGCUAUCAGAAUUGCCUUUUUCUAUCUAUUUGGAAACGUUUUUGGCGGGUUUGGGGGUGUCCUUGCGUAUGGGCUUCAGCAAAUGGACGGACUUGCAGGGUAUGAAGGCUGGCGCUGGAUCUUUAUCAUGGAAGGUGUUGUUACGGCCUUGCUCGGGUUCGUUGGAUACAUCUUCAUUGUAGACUUUCCGGAGAAUGCCCGCCGAACAAAACGCUUUCUAACAGCUGAGGAGGUUGAUAUCAUGGUCAGUCGCAUUGAUGCAGACAGAGGCGAUGCUCACUCUACAGAAUUCUCCCUACGACCGUACCUUGAGAAUGCUCUUGACUGGAAAGUAUGGAUCUUGGCAAUUAACUUUGGUCUGACGUCCCUGGUCAUCUAUGCUGUUGCUUAUUUCCUCCCCAUUGUAUUGAGAGAUGGGCUUAGGUUUUCUGUUGUAGAGGCUCAAACACUAAAUGCCCCGUGCUACAUAUUCGGCGGCGUACUUGGACUAACAGAGAGUUGGUUAUCGGAUAAGUACAAGCUUCGAGGGCCGUUUAUCAUGCUGAACUCAAUCCUUGAGAUCAUCGGUCUAUCCUUGCUAGGCUUCCAUUAUGACAACGUAGUGCGCUAUAUCGGAGCCUACUUUGUGGUUGGUGGUGCUAAUGCGUGUUUACCACUGACACUGACAUACCAAUCUAAUAACAUUGUUGGCCAGUGGCGUCGUGCUUUUUGUUCUGCACUGAUUGUUGGAAUGGGCGGCAUUGGUGGUAUUAUCGCCAGUCUUGUCUUUCGAGGUCAGGAUAAGCCUGGCUACAGACCAGGGCUCUACACCUGUCUGAUCGCUGCAAGUCUUACUUUUAUCUCUGUAGGCUUUACUACCGUUGUCUUUCGGCGCAAUAAUCAGCUUCAGAGGCAGGGAAAGCUUAUUAUUGAGAAUACAGAUGGCUUCACAUACACCUUGUGA